GCAACUAAACAUACCUAUAGUGAACUACCUUUCUAUGGAUUUUGUUUUUGUAGCUUGGAUGUUUUGAGCCAGUGUUUGAAGAAGUGGCUAUAAAUCUGGUGAUGAAACAGCCCCCGCUAAGUCCAUACAUAGUGUAUAUGUUGGAAUGGUUUGAAGAGGAAGAUGAUUACAUCCUCAUUCUGGAGUAUCCAUGUCCCUGCAAGAGUUUGCGCAGAUUCCUCAUUGACAAAAGGCCACGACUAAAUGAAUCACUGGCUCGUGGCUUGAUGAUCCAAGCGGUCCUCGGAGCAAAGCACUGUCUUGACCGGGAGGUCUUCCAUUGCAGCAUUAAAGAAGACAACAUGCUGGUCAAUACAACAACGAUGGAACUCAAAUUAAUAGACUUUGGCGGCAGUUGCCUCGUCAAUCCUUCUGGCUUUGAAAAUGGACAUUUAGGGGGUUGCCACCCACCAGAGUACCCUAGUGAAUAUCACGCAGGACCAACAACAGUCUGGAGUCUGGGCGCUGUGCUUUACUCAAUGGUCACUGGAAAUAAGCCUUUUAAGACUGCAUUUGACAGAAUGAUAGCCAAUGUGACGAUCGACCACACAUUAUCCAGAGAAUGCCAGGAUUUGAUAAACCGGUGCCUGACUCGUGAUCCUGCAGAGAGAGCAACUUUAGAGGAGAUCUCACAGCAUGUAUGGUUUAUACAGGGACAGAUGUCAGGAGUAACUCAGGAGUCAGAAGAUGGUCCAAAUCAGUCCCAGUGAGGAAAAACAGCACAAACCAUUCAGCACAAAGUCUUCAGAUGGUUGAGUUUAGUUAAACAAUAAGCAAGCUUGGGGCACAAAAAAUAAGAAAACUCUUUGUGGAAGUCUGAAAUCUUAAAUAUAGUUCAACUAUUUGGUGGGAUUUCCUAAAUAAAUCAUUCAAAAAAGAUUUUGUGCUUGUUUCUCGAUAAGAAGGGAAGAGACAUGAGUGGUUUUACAAUUAAGAUCGACCAAAAGGUAAUAGAAAUAGUUAGUGAUGUUAUAUUUUCAGGUAUUAUUUUGGAUUCUUAAUUAAUAUUCAGUGUACAUGUAAAGAGGCUUUGUAAAACCAUCCAAACAAACCUGAAUUGUUUAUUUUAAAAGCCUAAC